AUGGGGACUUUGACCGCAGACUGCCCACGUCUGGAGACACACUGUCCACACAAGCUUGCCACAAGCUGCCGGUUGACAUCAACGCCGAAUUGCUGCGCUUGUGCCGACGAGAGAGUGCAUUCCAGGACAUAUCGCGUGUAUAUUGACGGAGUGGGCUUCGUGAACCAAGGGACAAGAUGGCAAGGCUAUUGCUGGUUCUGUAAAGAGUUCUGGACCAACCGCCUUGCAGCUACCGACCCUCCCCUCGACAUCUCCCAGACACGCAUACCAGAGAUACCUGACCAGACCGAGUUCCUAGAACGAUGGUGGGAGUUUCACCAGGGAUAUCGCAUCGCAAAACUACCGGAUGGUACUGAGCAGCGUAUGCCUGUAAUCGGGGAACCGUUCAGGGAGGUCAGCCCCGGCUUUCUUCCGCGUACGCUAGAUCAGUUGAGGGCAGGAGUAGAGAACGAUGCCAGUAGACUAGAAAACAGGCUCCAGAGAAGACGAUUGUCGUCGGAGGAAGAGCGACCAGAGCAGCCACAUCAGAGUCUCGAAGAUGCGCUAGACAGUCUUCUACAAGAGGUGGUGGAAGAAGUCUCCAACACGGAGCCCACGGCACCAACGGAACCACGAGCUUCGAUAACACCUCAGAUACAAGAAGACCCGUCAGAGCCCCCGCGACCAAUGACACGACGACAAGCGCAACAACAACGUCGACGAGAGCACUUUGCACGCGUUUUCGGCUCUCGCGAGGACGUAGAGCAGGACGACUACGAGUCACCGCUUACACAGAUGUACACACGAGCCUUCGACCGCCAACGUCAGGCCGAUCAACGAAGAGCAGACGGCACUGAUACCGCGCCUCCGCUCGACGGGCUGUCACCACAAGAUCGACGAGAAAUUGAAGAACAGUUGUUAUGGGGAGUAAUGCGAGAGUCACAGUCACUAUCAGAGAGUCUAGAGCCAGCGAGUCAAGUCUGGAGUUAUGCACCCCGGUGGCAGAGUCUUGGAGAGGACAACUAUGCUGAAUUGGAAGCGCACGAAGCUCACAGAGCGCAAAACGACCAUCUUGCACAGCCCUUGUUAGCCAACCCUGAGCUUGGCUCCAACAUCACAACGGCUAUCCCUGGAUUACUCUCUCAGUUGAACUCCAUGGACGUGGCUGACGCACCGAAUCCUGAACUAGUGAUGAACCAAAUGCGUACUCUGCGUCUUGAAAGUCGCUUCGCAGAGGCGCGUGCAUUCUUGCGCGCUGCCCGUCCGCCUUCACCUCCGCCCAUGUCGCUGGACAACCAGCCCGAUCGGCCGGCACCCAAGACAGAAGAAGAGAUGACCAAAACCCUCGCGUGCCAGGUGUGCUAUCAGCAGAUUGCUGAUAUAGCUGUGCUGCCUUGCGGCCACAUGGUUAUGUGCCAGUGGUGCGCUGACGUAGUUGUUCCCAUCAAGCAUGGCCAUAUUCCUGCGCGGCCGACCAAGUGCCCUAUGUGUAGGAAACAGGUGAAGCAGAGGUUCAAGAUACAUACCGGUUAA